AUGACGGCGCUCACAGCGCAGCAGAACAGCAGCAAUCGACCGUCGCCGCUUGACGGCCGCCUCUCUUCGUCUCCCCACAACGUGCCGCACUUCAGGUCGGCCUCUGUCGCACACCCAGCUGCCCGAGGCAGCUCCGGGGCGUCAAUGCCUUCCAAAACCGAGACGACCCGCGCGGUGUCGUCGGGCGUGGUGAACCCUCUGGGUGCCCACCGAGUUGUCAUUACGCAGACAACAACGACGGGCGAGCCAGGCGGCAGCGCUCGUCUUGCUACGUCUAGUCCUGCCGCCCAGUCGUCAGCUGCUCUGGGCGCCAAGAUGCCGGCCUCGUCCGACCGUCUUGCUCCUGUCGGUGGCGAUACCGAGUCCGAUCGAGACUUUGCCGACCGGCAGCAGCAGCUGCGGGAACGAGAGCGGAAUCACCGCCGUGUGGGCAGCAAAACGGGCGGAUCCCGGCCUGCCGCUGCCCGGCCGUCGCUCAUGCGGUCUAAAAGUGACGUCGCCCGGCCCGUGGAAAACAGCCCAGAGCUGCCUGAUACCCUAGACGGAGAAGUCAGCCGCUGGGGGGCCCGCCACGGCUUUGAGGACCACUACCAGUCGGAGGACAUCAUCUCGCAUUUGGCCAGUAACUGGUACAUGUACUUUACCGACAAGCGGCACGAGUCGAACGGAAGGCCACACGAGCCGACGUUUGAGCUGCAGGACUGGCGUAUGCGCGACAGACUUAAGACCGUCUCGGCGGCGAUUGCAGUCUGCCUUAACAUUGGCGUGGAACCGCCAGACCAGCUGCGGACAAAUCCCGGAGCCAAGUUGGAGGCAUGGCAGGACCCAACGGUGCCUCCUGUGCAAAAGGCGCUCGAGAACAUCGGCAAGGCCCUCCAGAGCCAGUACGAGACUCUUGCGAUCCGCACACGCUACAAGCAGUACCUAGACCCCUCGGUGGAAGAGACUAAGAAGUUUUGCAUCUCGCUGCGGCGCAGCGCCAAGGACGAGCGCGUAUUGCUGCAUUACAACGGUCACGGUGUGCCGAAGCCUACGGCGUCUGGUGAGAUCUGGGUCUUUAAUAAGAACUACACUCAGUACAUACCCGUUUCGCUGUACGACCUGCAACAGUGGCUGCAGGCACCGACCAUCUUUGUCUGGGACUGCUCGGAGGCCGGCAACAUCCUGAGCAACUACCACCGCUUUGUGGAGAAGCACGAACAAGAAGAACAGGAUGCCGCAAAGGCCGACCCAAAUUACGAGAAGACAAACUACCGGCCGUACAUCCAUCUUGCGGCUUGUGCUGUGAAGGAGAACCUGCCGACUAAUCCGCUCAUUCCAGCGGACAUCUUCAGCUCCUGUCUCACGACACCAAUCGAGAUGGCGCUCUGGUUCUUUGUGCAGCAGAAUCCGCUCAAGACAAGCUUGACCCCAGAGCGCGCCAAGAAGUUACCCGGACGCCUGCAGGAACGGCGUACGCCUCUUGGUGAGCUUAACUGGAUCUUCACCGCCAUCACCGACACCAUUGCCUGGACGACUCUGCCACGCCAUUUGUUCCGGAAGUUCUUCCGACAGGACCUCAUGGUGGCGGCGCUCUUCCGGAACUUCCUUCUUGCACAGCGGAUCAUGUCCGUGUACAACUGCCACCCCCAGUCGUACCCAGAGCUUCCGGACACGCGUCAGCACCCGCUGUGGGCCAGCUGGGAUCUGGCGGUUGAUCAGGCUCUCGGCCAGCUCCCCAUGCUCGAGAGACGGGAAACGGACAAUAUCGAAUACGAAUACCAGAACUCGACCUUCUUCACCGACCAGCUGACGGCGUUUGAGGUGUACUUGACACGAGGCGACGCGAUGCUGCAAAGGCCCCCGGACCAGCUCCCCGUCGUACUGCAGGUGCUGCUUAGUCAACAACACCGUGUGCGUGCCCUCAUUCUCCUUGGGCGCUUCCUCGAUCUGGGCCCCUGGGCCGUACAGCUCGCUCUCAGCAUUGGGAUCUUUCCCUAUGUGUUGAAGCUUCUCCAGUCUGCUGCGUCUGAGCUGAAGCCGGUGAUGGUGUUCAUUUGGACGCGUGUGCUAGCCGUUGACAUUUCCUGCCAGCAGGACCUCAUUAAGGACAGUGGGUACAACUACUUCGCAUCCAUCCUCAAGCCGUCGGAGGGCCUCCCUGUGGUCAACACGGACGAACACAAGGCCAUGUGCGCGUUCAUUCUGGCCAUGCUUUGCAAGGGCUACAAGCCGGGUCAGACAGUGUGCAACCAGACGGACAUCAUGACGUUUUGCCUGAUCCAUCUGCGAAACGAGGAAAACCCGCUUCUGCGGCAGUGGUCAUGCCUCUGCAUCAGCCAGUUGUGGCAGGAUCUUCCGGAGGCGAAAUGGCGCGGCAUCCGAGAGAAUGCUCCCUUGAAGCUCUCGUACCUGGCAAAAGACAGUAUCUGCGAGGUUCGCACGGCCAUGCUCCAUGCUAUGACGACACUGCUGGGCAUACCGGAGCUGACCGACGAGGUGGCCCGUGUUGAGGAGUCGAUAGCCUGGACGGUGCUUGAUCUGACCAACGACGGCAGUCCGCUUGUGCGCAAAGAGCUGCUGGUGUUCAUGUCCCACUUCCUGCUGCGGUACGAGAGCAGGUUUCUGGUUGCCGCAUACGAGCAUCUGCAGGAAGAGAAAGAACACCUUACUUUCCCGCCCGAAAACACAUCUUCGGGCUACAAGACGGGACUCCACCAUGUCGGUCCGGAGAACCGCAACCGUGACGGCACGGCAAAGGAGCGCGCUCACGGGCUGUCACAGAGCACGAUUUUCGCGACCUACUGGAAGCACAUCCUGAUCCUCUCUGUCGAUCCCCAUCCCGAAGUGCAGUCGCACGCUAUGACCAUUAUCGACUAUGCCCAAGAGAUGCUGCUUCACUCGGUCGUUGGCGCCUACGCACAGACCCUCAUGGAUGAGAUCGAAAGAAAACACCGACGUCUAUCGAGGUCAGGUCCCCGGAACAGCUCAACCCUUAUGGCAAGUGUUUCGGACCUCGGCAGCAAUAGCCUCAGCGGCAGCACAAACUGUAUCGGGAGUGGCGCCGGUAACGGAGCUGGUCCGCUCGGCAACGGAAACACGAACGGCAACAUGUCGCCUCAGCCGUCGCCAGGCCUUCUGCGGCGGACGGUCAGCACGCUUUUCUCGCCCUUUUUUGGCAGCGACGGGCCGGGUGCCGGCCAAGCAUCGGCUGGCAUGCCGACAGGACCGUCCGGACUUGAGGCACCAAUGUCGCCGGGGCUGCUGCGAUCGUCUUCGACGUUUCAGCGAGGUUCUGGCAGAACACGUGGGCUAUUCGGGCCCGAUCGUGCUUCUGCGCCGCCGGAAGACAGCGAGCGGGAAACAACAAUGUCUGCGUACAACGUGGCCAAAGAGCCGGUGUCGCCUGGUUUUGAGCAGCGAGCGGCAACGGACGUGCCUUGUUUGCCGCUGGUAAGCACGUUCUUGGAAUGGUCGACAGAGUACUUCCGCGAGCCACAGAUGCGAGCGAUGGAAGCCGAGGAGCCGGGCAGCACAGAGUACAACGAGCGGCUGUGGCGGCGAUCGCGAAACGAGGGGAUCCUGCGGGAAACACAGCCACAGAAGCCGUUUGCGGGAUCCCACAAGUGGAACAACCAGCUGGGAAUCAUCAACAACGGGUCGCAGCCGUCACGGAUGACGUUCCAUCAGUUUGAGGACCACCUGGCAGUGGCGGACGAUGGAAACACGAUUCAGAUCUGGGACUACAAGCGACAGGGUCGACUGAGCCGAUUUUCCAAUGGCAACCCGCCGGGAUCGCGAAUCAGCGACAUGAAGUUCAUCAACGAGGACGACCAGGCGUUCCUGAUGGCGGGAUCGUCAGACGGCGUGCUGCGGGUGUACCGACGCUACGACAGUGACAAGCAGGUGGAGCUGGCAACGGCAUGGCGGGCGCUGACGGACAUGGUGCCGAGCAACGUGCACGCGGGCAUGGUCUUUGACUGGCAGCAGGUGACGGGCAACGUGCUGGUGGCAGGCGACGUGCGGGUGAUCCGGGUGUGGAACGCAGGCCACGAGUCGUGCGUGACGGACAUCCCGGCACGAUCGGGAUCGUGCGUGACGUCGCUGACGAGCGACCAGAUGACGGGCAACAUGUUUGUGGCCGGAUUUGGCGACGGAGCGGUGCGGGUGUUUGACACGCGGCUGCGACCUCAGGAGGCGAUGGUGCGCAAGUGGAAAGACGACGCAGACCGGGUUUGGAUCAAGAGCGUGCACAUGCAGCGUGGCGGCCAGCGGGAGCUACUGUCGGCAGCACGCGACGGCAAGGUGAAGCUGUGGGACAUUCGUAGCGACCAUCCGCUGCGAGUGAUGCAGACGACGGGACAGACAUUGCGGACAGCCAGCACGCAUGAGCAUCUGCCGGUAUUUGCGAUAGGCACAUCGUCUCGGGAGGUCAAGGUGUACAACUUUGACGGACGAGAACUGUCCCGGCUGGAGCCAUAUUCGGGCUUUCUGCAGAGCCGCAGCACGCCCAUCUCGGCGACGGCAUUCCACCCUCACCAGGUGACGCUGGCAUGUGCUGCACGGGGCGACUACCACAUCAAUCUUUUCAGCUGCUCGCAGGAGCGGGCCGUUGCAGCGGAGUGA